AGGUACGACAAGAAGAUGCCCAAGAAGAUCGACGUGGGAACGUACCAGUCGAACCUGCAGAAGAUUGCGACGUUCAACACGGUGGAGGACUUCUGGCGCCACUACAUCCACGUCAAGCGUCCGUCGCAGCUGAACCGCGACGUGAACCUGUACCUGUUCCGCGACCAGCCUAACUGCGCCCCGAUGUGGGAGGCGUUCCCCCAGGGCGGCUGCUGGAUCCUCAAGAUCAAGAAGAAGGCCAAUGUGCUGGGUAAGAUGUGGCAGGACCUGGUCUUCGCCGCCAUCGGCGAGGCGUUCGAGCAGCUCGACGUCGUCGGUAUCGCCAUGGCCAUCCGCUCGAAGGAGGACAUGCUGUCCGUCUGGAACGCCGACAACUCGGACGACAACACCCGCUUCGCCAUUGGUGAGAAGCUGAAGGAGAUCCUCAUGCUGGACUCCAACACGCUGGUGGAGUACAAGUUCCACGCGAACUCCAUCCGGGACAUGUCGACCUUCCGCAACGCGAAGCCGUACGUCUUUGCCGCUGCGACGCCGGCCACGACCAACUAG